AUGGAGCGGCAGGUCUGUGUGAUCCUGGACGCUGACCAUCCCGAGCCAGAGCCAGAAGCAGCCUGGCUGCAGAUCCUCCCCCGGCUGGUGUCGUCCACGGGGACUGAGGGACCCGGUUCAUCCCCUGAUUCCCAGCCGCCCACCACGGUCCCGGCUCCCCCAGCCCCCAGCCUGUCUCUGAGCCCCCCGAGUCCAGUGAGGGGGCAGCAGGUCCAGCUGACGUGCUCUGCUCCGAGGGGCUCCGGGGCCCUGGGGUUCGUUUUCUAUGAGCAGAGGAGUGGGAUCUGGGAGAGGCUGCGGUCCCAAAGCAGUGGGACCUGGAGGAUCAGCACAGAGAACAGUGAACUCAGCCGGACUUUCACCUGCUCCUAUCGGAUCCAGAGCAGCCCCCCAAGACAGCCCCACUCCCAGUCUCUGCAGAGUAAUGCAGUGACCUUGCUCCUGACAGAUCCCCCUCCCCAGCCAGUGCUGAGCGUGGAUCCCCCGUCCGGAGUGGUGAGUGAAGGGCUCCCCCUGCUCAUCACCUGCAUGGCCCCCGGGGACGCCAGCAAGAGGAGGUUUCACUUCUACAAGGAUGGAGCUGCGCUCAUCCCCGGGGACACAGGGUCUGAGAUCAGCACCACAGAGCCCAGCACCGGCUCUAUGAACUUCUCUGUGCUCAGCAUCCUGCGAGCCGAUCCCAGCAACACCGGGGAAUUCAGCUGCGGGUACGAGGUGAACAUGAGCGGCAGGUGGAUCCCAUCCCCCAGGAGCCAGGCCUUGAAUGUCACCGUGACAGCCUGGUCUCUGCCCGUCCCCCUGGUGGCUGGGUGCAGUGGGGCUGCCGCGGCUCUGGCUCUGCUGCUGCUGCUCAUCUGCCUCUGCAGGAAGAAGAAGGCAGCUACCCGCCGGCUCUCCACGUCCUACUGGAAGAGCCAGGAGCUGCGCCGGUCGCGGAUAAUGAGACGGUCGACCGACAUCUCCGGGGUCAAUAUGGGUCUCCAGCAGAGGACCGAGGGGGGCUGGCCCCAGGCAGUGUCCCAGGACUGGGGGCUGCUCCCCAAGCUCCCCGCAGAGGGGCCCAGGCCGGGGCAAGCGGCUGGGGGGGCAGCGCCCCUUAAAGGCCAGAAGGAGGAAGACGACGCAGACUCUGGGGCUGAGUUUGAAUUCCCGGACAUCGAUCCAACGUACUCACAAGUCACGUUCUCCUGCUCCACCUUCCGCCAGGGCCAGGAGCUCUCAGCCUCCCACGUGUGCAGCACCCCUGACCUGUGACCAUGGCACCCCACUCCUCAGCCCUGGCCCCUGCCACCGGGGGUCGCUCUCCAGCAACCUUCCUUCUGCACCCCCACCUGCUGCAAGGGGCCUGGGGGUUACAGCUGCUGGAAGCCAGGACUCCUGGGUUCUAUCCCUGACUUGGGGAGUGGGGUCUAGUGGUUAGACGGGGGGGGGGCCUGGGAGCCAGGACUCCC